AUGGAACUUAUCCACAUUUUGCUUGGCUUUUUCUAAGAAAUUCAUCAUCAAAUUCUCUUUCCAAUUUUCACUAAUUGAAGUGAUGUAUUAAAUUAAAUACUAAUACCAGUAAAACUUUCCGCAUUAAAACAAAGAAUUAAAAAAAAAAAAACGCGUCGUUUUCUCUCUCUCUCUCCAAUUUACAGGAUACUGAACUCCACAAUCAAUUUCUCGAAGACUCAAUCGGGUUUGAUAAUCAGGGAAAAAUUCUGAGUGAAGAUGAAAGGUGAGGUACAAAUGGAGGAAUCAUCAUCAUCAUCUUUAGGAGUAAGGGAUUCAGAGGAGAGAGAUACUGAUCCUUUACUUCCGAUGAAUAGUGAUGAUGAUGAUGAUGGAGUUGUUGUGAAGUCAAGUUCUUUUUCUACGGAGAUAGUGAAGGGAGACGCUGAUGAUAAUGGCGGCGGAAGCGGUGGUGGCAAUGGUGAUGAUGAUCUUGAAGCUGGUUCUGCUCCUUGUUGUCGUAUUUGUCUCGAAUGUGAUGGAGAGGAUGAUGAUGAGUUGAUAUCACCAUGUAUGUGCAAAGGCACCCAGCAGUUUGUUCAUCGUUUAUGUCUUGAUCAUUGGCGUUCGGUGAAGGAAGGUUUUGCCUUUUCACAUUGCACGACUUGCAAAGCACAAUUUCAUCUUCGUGUUGAAUCAUUUGAAGACAACACUUGGCGAAAAUUGAAGUUCAGGCUAUUUGUUGCUAGAGAUGUUCUCCUUGUAUUUUUGGCUGUACAGACUGCAAUUGCGGCAAUGGGAGCCUUUGCUUAUCUCAUGGACAAAGAUGGGGCUUUCAGGAAUUCAUUUAGUGAUGGAUGGGAUCGUAUAUUGUCAACGCAUCCUAUACCUUUUUACUACUGCAUAGGAGUGGUGACUUUUUUCGUGUUGCUUGGGUUCUGUGGUCUCAUUAUUCACUGCUCUUCCCUGAACAAUGAUCCCCGCAUGGCUGGUUGCCACAACUGCUGCUAUGGAUGGGGAAUUUUGGAUUGUUUUCCUGCAUCAAUGGAAGCAUGCUUUGCACUUGUCAUUGUUUUUGUGGUGAUCUUCGCAAUCCUUGGAAUUGCAUAUGGUUUCCUUGCUGCUACCAUGGCUGUUCAAAGAAUAUGGCAAAGGCACUACCAUAUUCUCACAAAGAGAGAGCUGACAAAGGAAUAUAUUGUAGAGGAUUUACAUGGAUGCUAUACCCCACCUAAGCUGGAUCCGGAGCAUGAAGAACGACUCAAGAUGCUCAAGUUGCUAUAGUUAAACUAGGUUUACUACAUAAUAACCAUGUAAUAUCCUGAGUUGUUGAAUGUAAUAUAUGACAGAGUAGCUAAAUUUUUACUCCUAAGGGAUUAAAAUUUUAAUAUUGAUAGCCUGUUUGAAAAUGAGGAAUCGCGUUUCUUAUUACUGAUAUAUAGUGCCCAUUGAAUAUUACUCAGUACGAA